CUUGGAACGUGCGCGGUCCGUUUCUUGAGCUUUCAGUUCAGUUCAGUCAGUUCAGUUCAACCAACUUUUUUGGGAGUAAGGUUAUUGUGGGUCGACGUCGCUUUUAUCGCCUCCUUGUAUAAACAGUAUUUGUUGUGUUAAAACCAUCUGUGUGGUUUAAUGUGGUGUUUCGAGAGUGUAACGUGACGUAACAGACGGUUCGGCCGUAGACACUGCCAGUACGAAAAUAAUCUCAUUGGAUUCUCACUUCAUUUAUGCUUUUCCAGGGAGGAAUUGAAAAGAAUGCCAUGAAGUUGUCACAUCACCAAUGGUGGGAGCAGUAUCAGUAUUAGAGAGAACAAUAGAAGUGCUGCCAUAUUCAGCAGCAACAUGUAUUUGCUGUUACUAUCAACUGUCAUCGCGUAAACUACUUGCCGGCUCUUUCCUGACGAACCAAUAGCCAUUCCUUGCCAAACCACAGCCAACAUGUCGACCACAAAGACCUACUCAAUCACCACACUGCACCUCCUACUACUACUCACCGUCUUCCAAUUCGGACACUAUCACUCGGUGUCCGCUGCCAAUUCUCUGAUCUCAACCUCGGAACGAGAUGGCCCUUGCGAGGAAAUCACCAUUCCCAUGUGCCUUGGCAUCGGCUACAACAUGACCAGGAUGCCAAACGAGCUGAAUCAUGAGUCGCAAGAGGAGGCUGGCCUGGAGGUGCAUCAGUUUUGGCCGCUGGUGGAGAUCAAAUGUUCCCCGGAUUUAAAGUUUUUCCUGUGCUCGAUGUACACGCCGAUCUGCUUGCCCGAUUUUCAAAAACCACUACCACCAUGUCGAGACCUAUGUCGAAGAGCCAGAGAAGGUUGCGAGCCCAUCAUGACGCAGUACGGAUUCAAAUGGCCAGAAAGAAUGGAUUGUGACCAGUUUCCGGUUCAAGGUGGUGAGGUGUUAUGCAUGGAUCAACCUAGUAAUUCAAGCUCGACAAAAGCACCUACGACAACUAAAGGCAAGGGUGGGAAACCUUGUAAGCCCGGUUCAAAAAACUGCCCAAGCCACACAGGAGACCAGGUGGGCGGAGGCGGCAUUCGCAGGGGCGGCACCGUGGACAUCUCAGGGGCCAGCGGGGGCAGGGACUGCAAAUGCCACUGCCAGCAAAGCCUGGUGUCGAUCGCCCAUUGGGACAACGUCAGCGUGGCGGGCGUAAAAGGGUGUGCGUACCCGUGCAAGGAAGUGUUCUUCAACCAGGAGGAGAAGGAAUUCGCCUCCGUUUGGGUGACACUAUGGUCGGGUCUGUGCGCGGCCAGCACGCUGAUGACGCUCACCACGUUCUGUAUAGAAACGGAACGGUUCAAGUACCCGGAACGACCGAUCGUGUUUCUGUCGGCAUGCUACUUUCUGGUGUCAGUAGGGUACCUAGUACGAGUAGGCGUUGGACACGAGCAGGUCGCCUGUGAAAGAGUCUCAACGACAACCGGAGCCACCGAGAGUAUCAUCCGGUACUCCUCGACCGACUCCAGUCCUUGUACUCUGGUCUUUCUGUUAGUUUAUUUCUUCGGCAUGGCAUCGUCCAUCUGGUGGGUGGUACUGUCACUGACGUGGUUCCUGGCCGCUGGGCUUAAGUGGGGCAAUGAAGCCAUUGCGGGGUACGCCCAGUACUUCCACGUCGCCGCCUGGUUAAUACCUACUUUCCAGACGUUAGCCGUUUUGAUGUCGGGGGCCGUAGAUGGAGACCCCAUUUCUGGCAUCUGCUUUGUGGGCAACAUGAACAUGGAGAAUCUACGGACUUUCGUUUUAGGACCCCUUUUGGUAUAUUUGGUGCUAGGUACCAGUUUUCUGAUGGCUGGAUUUGUGUCUCUGUUUAGGAUCAGGAAUGUGAUCAAAAAGCAAGGGGGUGCCGGAGCAGGCUCGAAAGCAGACAAACUUGAAAAGCUGAUGAUCCGCAUCGGCAUUUUCAGUGUCCUGUACACCGUUCCUGCAACAAUAGUGAUCGGAUGCUAUCUCUAUGAGAAUGCGUUUCAUUAUGAGUGGUUGAAGUCAAUUGUAUGUCCGUGCUACAGUGGUGGCCCAAUUUCGUACAAAGUACGCCCCCUUUACUCUGUUCUGAUGCUCAAGUAUUUCAUGACUCUGGCUGUUGGAAUCACGUCGGGCGUAUGGAUAUGGUCCGGCAAGACAGUUGACUCGUGGCGCCGGCUCUGGCGUCGCAUGUUCGGCCGUCCCGACAUGACCGGUGCGAACGCGGUGCUGAUCAAAGGGGGCCGCAAAGGCAAACCGCAACCCCAACCGCCGCCGCCCCCCACUCAAUAUUUAAUGGCCAGCAGCGGCGGGGCGGCGUCUUUGUUGGGACCCACACCUGGAGGCGGCAGUGUGGCAUCGGCCAGCCAACAUCACCUCCACCACCACGUACUUAAGCAGCCACCCCUUAGUCACGUAUGACAGGGACAGGACGGAACGCCCGCGCAGGCGAUUGGUGCAGCUUCGGUGGGCGGUACGGUAACGAUAGGCCACGCCCCCUCUCUGAGCAACUACGGGCCCAUUUGAGUAAGGGAUCUCUGCUUGGUCGGCGGCAUCGCCGUCGGCAACAACAAGGACAUGGUAACAGCUCUCUAGUCUUCUUCUUAUUCUCGUAAACGUACUAUUUCAUAACAAACACACAAGUAGAAAGUGAUAUGAUAAGGACUUUUAUACGUAUAUAGUAACUGUGAACGUGACAAUGAGACAGCAACGUCAGUAAUAUGUAGUGGUCAUAGAAUGAUUUCUCGUGUAAAAAGUUGACGCUAGGUAGUAGCAGAGGCGAAUGCGAAGUUUCUAUGAACAUGACCAAUAGAUGGCGAGUCAUUUGGACAUAAUUAAUUCUAAGUUGAAAAAAUUUAAGUACCUUCAUAACGCCUAUGACGAUUAUUCCAGUACCAAGUGGGAUCAUUAUCUAAUAGAAUCUUCUACUUUGGAAUCAAGUCAGCUAUUUUUUAUUCACAGAAAUGAAAGUAGGAGUUCAAUGCGAAUCUUUCAGGUCCAAGGCAAUCGUGGCUUUAUUGGAUUAUAAAGGGUAGGAUAUUGUAUAAAUUGUUGUAACGACAUGUUGCUUCCCUAUUAAUCAUAAAAAAUGAUCUGAAAUCUAAAUAAUUUCGUAGUAUAUCUACGCGCUCGCCUCGGCGACUAUUAAGGUAAGCCGUAGAGAAGAAAGCCUGCAUUUUUCAUGUUUGUACCACUAUAUCGUGAUGUUUUGAGUAAUAAAAGACGUAUAUACUCGAAGUAUAUAACUAUAGAGUUUCUGGUGAUAAUUCUACUAUUUAAUCAAUGGUUGAGGAUAGUGGUGACUUUUGAGUUCACUUUGCUUGCCAUUAUAAUGUAUUUAUUUUGAUGUAUAUAAAAUGAAGUACUUGCUGUUUCUUCUAUGGAUAUGAAGCGUGAUUAUUUAUGCUAAUUGCAUAUAACUUGAUAUAUGUUUCUUUGUAAGCUCCAUAUAUUUUAAAACACAACUACUACUCUUGCCUAAAAACUACCUUUAUUCUGAAUGACCUCCUAUUGGUUUUGAAGUAUCACUAUCCACAGCUACUUGAGAGAUGACAUUGAUGUCAUGAUUACCAUUAAUAUUAUAGUUAGUUAUUGAAUUUUUUGUAUAAAUUCAUGUAGCUAAUGUACAAUUAUGAGAUAUACAUAUUACGUUGACAUUAUAGUCCAGCAACCGGAAUGUCAGUUAUGUUAUGGAUAUUACACAUCAGAUUAUACAUACAACUUUGGAUAUUCAGAUGAAGGAAAAUAUUCACUUCAACAUUGAUAUAAAGUUCUCUCUUCAAUCAUCAAAGUCGAAUAUAUUUGAAAAUGACUUUAAAUUGGAUGCAAAUUUGACAGGAUGAUCAAUAAUUAAAUGUAAAAAAUAGGAUAUCUCCAGGUCGGUAAUUUCCGAAUUAUGUUCGUAAGUUCCAUCUAUGUUUUGAAUACGAAUGUUAUUGCAUACUUUUAAUAACAAAAAAGUAAGGGUAGAAAAAUUGUGUACCAACGUCUAGGCGUACUUGUAAUUCGAAUAACCAGUUGGAUGUAUAGCUGUAGAUGUUAACUUAUGAUGGACGUCUCAUGAUAUUCUGGACUAAGUGUCCUAAAAUACGUCUCCAUUUUAGGUACACCUAACUCUCAAAAUGACAUUUUACACAAUAUUGAAUAUAGAAUUUAUAAUGGCAAGACACACUAAAACAUAAUCGAUCACCUUCCAAAUAAAAAUUGGAUCUUGAACAUAAACCUCAUUUCCCAUAUACUCUAAAACCAUCAUAUAAAAAAGACCUUUCAUGAUGAAAUGACUCGCAAAAUGUUGAGGAUGCACAAAAGAUUUUUUGACUGUAUAAAAUGCACAUUUUUCCUUGAAUUUCCUCAAUGACAUCCAAAUGAAAUAACCAGUACAAAUAUUUAAUGUAAGAAGACUGAAAAUAGAAAUAGAUUCUUUUUAAAGCUGACAAUACAUUAUUUGUCUUUAAAGACCAUAGAACAAUUUGGAUGUCAUUUUCCACUAAGACCCUGUAUUUAUUUAUUUAUUCGUUUCCAAAGUACAUCUCUCAGCAUAUUCUACUACUCAAAUACAUUUAAGGAUCAAACGUAUAUUAACCGAGAUUCUUGAUGCUCAAAUUUUUGAUACACAGAAGUAGUUUCCUUCUUCUGUCUACAUGCAUUUAGAUAUACUGGUAGUGAUCUAUUAUAACUUCAACAAUAAAUAGGAAUCACGGAAUGGUGGAAGACAUGAAAUGACAAUGAAAGUGCCCCACAUUAUUGAGAUCAAAAUAAUGUGCAAUUAGAUUACUUGCUAGUCAGCAUUUUUUAUUGUCAAAGUUAACUAUGCUAUCUACAAAACAUUUUAUAUCUGCGCAAAUAAUUAUUUCUGAUCAUUGUGACAUCUUUAUGAAAUUGAGUUCCUAUAUUGCGUUAUAAUAUAGUUUUAAAAGUUGAUUUAUAUUGAAAGGAAAUCUUAGCAUUUCAUGAAUUACGGCAUCAAAGAUAGUCACCGAUAUUGAGAACUUUUCGCAAUUUUUGUAUCCAAUAAAAUGACGUAUUAGAUUAACAAAUUUCAAAUUUGACAAAUGUCUUGCACGACAAAAAUAAUCUUGCUGUGAAACAGCAGUAAAAAUGCACAAUUUAUAAAAAAGCAAUACUUGUUUAUCCGAAAGACAAUAUAUAAUAUAAAGACAGAUAGGACGUAAAAACAUAACACAACGUACUUUUUACGGUCAAUUACUUUACUGGUCUGGAAAAAUAAAUAAUAAAAUAUUGUUUUUCCAUAAAUUAUAUACGAAAUUCAAUCCCAUCAUUUGUUUCGCUGUAUCCUAUAGAUAUUUUUUAUCGGAAAACCAGCUACGUAGUUUCAAAAUAUAUUUCAUCCUGUAAAUAGUUACCUUAUGACUCACAAAGAAUUCCGGAUCUUCGCGAAUUCAGAACCAAGAAAAUAUUGUCGCCCCCAAAAAGAAAAAGCUACCUGAAAAUGGUACACCACUGUCAAAUAAACUAUCUAACUAUUUUAUGUGGCACUAUGGGUCAGUUUUUAGUUUGACUAGGGGUAUAAUCCACUCACAAUUGAAACUUUGGCAAUAUAAAUAUCAUGCGUUGAUGACAAAUUAUUCGUGAUGAUAAAUAUGAUGAUAGUAUGCGGUGCAAAACUAAAGCAAAAUCGAUUCGAUAUCAUAAUACAUAUGUACUUAACUUUGACAGAUAUCACAUGCACACGAAAUCAAUAAAUAAUUGAAUGGCAUCACGAUUGUGUAAAAACGUGUGAAGGAUUGCUUUACAGUCAGAUUAAAAAUGAUUAUACGAAAUCUCAACUGAACUAAUUAAAGCACAAACUGAUUUGUGGUGCGUACAUAUUUCAUUAUCCCCCAAUACCACAGAUGUCAUAUUUGGAUAAAGAUAAAAUCGUCUAUACUAAAAAUGGUAAAUAUAUACGUAAAAUCGAUGAAUUGUGAUUCUUUUUGUAUGAUCUUGUUGGACGUUCCAGCCCUUGAAAGGUCAGAACGGGAUUCAGUGCCAUAACGUAUUUUUAUAUACUUAAACGGGGGACCAGAAGUCAAAAGGAUGAAGUGCUAGAACGUCCCAACAUCCAAAAGAUUUUUUAUAAAAAAAUAAGAAUAGAAAUUAGUGAUGUAGUUAUAGAGGAGGUUUUUAUAUAUUAUGUAUAAAUUAUUAAAUAUAAACCCCACAUAGUUUUUGUACUAAUGGCUGUCUAUUUAUCCUUUGUAAAUAUUAUUUGUAAGUGGAAUGUAAUCUAUACUGAAUGUAUGCUAAUAAUAAGGCAACUCUGGUGAUGAUUUGUAUCCAAAUGUUCAUAUAUAUGUUCGUAUUUCAGUGAAUCUGGUUUCAUUUGAUCGUACUUAAAUGCACAAAACUAUAUUCAUACAGUUGAGGACAUCACGAUAAAAUCACAAACCAAAAAACAGGGAGUAACCUGUACAUAUGUAAAUAUACAGGAUUUGUUUUGUUUUAAACAAAAUAAUAUCAAGUUGCACAAACACUGCCAAAGUAUCUUACCUCUGAUAUUAAAUAUAACAGGUGACUUUUAACCGUUUUAUUCUUGCAAAAACUUGUUUUUCUCCUUUUCUUAAUGUGUAGUUUUCCUAAAUCCGUUCAUUGAUGAUCACAAUUCCCAUGACACCUCAAAAAUGUAUCAUUGGAAACAUUGGCGACAUGGGCAGACUACGCAUAAUGAAUAAGAAAACUUGUCAUUAUAUUUUAGAUAAACAUAUUCGGGGGCACACACAUGGAACAAGCACUCUUGGAAUGAUUUCCCGAAUAUUAAGAUCAUUUUUCCCUGUUAAGGUAGUCUUGACUUAGAAUAGUCCGAAGAAAUAAUCAACAAUCCAUGUGAAAGUUUGUCCAUAUUUACGAAACACUGUGUAUGCAAAAGAAAUAUUGAAUCAAUACCUGUGCAAUGUAGCGCAGGAUAAUACGUAUCCUUUAAUAAGGAGAAAAUUUAGGUAUAUCGAAACUAGUCAACUACAAUGUACUCGGGUGUAUUUAAAAAGUAUGAUAGCCAUAAAAGAUGUAAAAUAGAGAUUUAUUUGUUUCAAUAAGUAACAGGAUUACUCCUCUGUAAUAAAACAUAUCACAAUACACAACGUCGGCUAAUGCUUAGCACAAAACUGAUUUAUUGAUUGUAUGUGCAUUUUUUUGUGUAUGUAGGUAUAUUAGUCAUAAGUACUUGUCUAAUAUAUGCUUUAAAAUGUAUACGAUUUUGAUUAAACAUUUUAUUGUUUAAUUCAAUAUAUGAAGUUUUCCAUCGUCUAUUUACCUAGUUUAUGAAUAAAGACCUCACCAAUAGUCACG